AGCGUGGAUAGGUGAGGCUUGAGUGUAUCCUGUGGUGAUCCACCCUGCGGUGGGUGUGUCACCCUGAGUGGUGACAGCUGCCAGGUGCUGGGUGUCCUGGGGCACUGGUGAGCCUGGGUCUAUGCCUGCAGGGGCACUGGUGAGCCUGGGUCUAUGCCUGCAGGGCCGCCUGGCCUGGGCACCUGCAUGUGCCACUGUGGCUAGGUGGCCGAGGAUGUGCUUGUGUGCGUAUUUCCCUGGGUGGGUGCCACAGCAGGGGAGGGUUCCAGGGUGUUGGGUGUGGCUGUGAGUUCAAGUCCACAUCCGGUUGGUUGUGUGUCUGUGUGCACUCAAGGAGCUGGGCCUUGGCCCAUGUCCCUGUGAUCACUAUGACUGUGUCCAUCAUUAACCACUGGCCACCUGGCCUGGGUCCUGUCCCAUCAUUUCACAUCCAGCCCCCUCAUGUGGCCUCGGGAAAGCCUGAGUGGUGAGCACCGAGAGGAUGCCUAUUGGAUAGAAAAGGAAACUGAGGCUCAGAGGCUCAUGUGAGUCAGGCUGACUGUGGAGUCCCCUUCUACACCCUCUGGGGUGGGGACCUGGUUGGUGUCAUAAACAGGAAAAGUUCCCAGAAAUUGAGCCUUGUGGUGAGGGGAGGCAGGGGUGGACCUGGGCCCCGCGUGUAUGUGUGUGUGUCUGUGCGGUCAUCUGCAGCUGCACAAGGGCGUGGAGGGGUUCCACACCUGUGGGCGUUCAGGUCUGCAUCAGGCAUGGGCCUGGUCCCUGCAGUUUCAUGACAAAGGGCAUCGUCUUCAGUCGCCCGCAGCAUAAGAGAACUGAAGAAACAGCGAAACAGGCAGAGAUCACACAGAGCAUCAGGGCUCUUGCCUGGCUGCCCCAUGCACCCAGCUAGGGGAUGAGCUGAGAGCAGGGUCAGGAGCCGCAAGGGCGCACCAGAUCAGGGCAAGCAGAGGCGAAGUCCUGGGGCAGGAGCAGGUCAGGCCGGGGAGACCAGAAGGCCCAGCAGCGAGUCAAUGUCCUAGUUACGUACCCCCUCUUCACAGAAAGGGAACUGAGGUGCUGAGAUUCAGCAAGUUUGAGCCCCCAGCUUGGCCAUGGAGGAUGGGGGACUCCAGUCCGAGCUUGUCUGAGGUCACCAUCACCCUUGAGGGAGGUCAGGUGGGCCCAGGGUGUGGGGACGGACAGGCAGGCCGGGCAGGUGAGGGGUGGGGUUCAAGUGGGAGAGGGACUUGAUGAGAGAUGGAUGGCUCUCGGGCGGCGGGGGGAGGAGAACAGGGCAGGAGAGGACAAUAGGCAGAGGAGGGGCCCGGCCCUGGUAACCAAACGUCACAGUGCACUGGGGCCAGCGAGGCGGGGAGCCCAGUGCCAGGGCCUCUGGGACAGUGGUGGAUGGAAUCCUCCAGCGAGGAACCAGAACCCGAGACGGAGAUUUCUGGAACCCAGCACCCAGCCAAAUUCCUGUCAAAGUUCCGGAACAUCAGCCCCUUGAAAUUCUAGACUCUUAGGGGCUUCAGCUUCAAGAACUGGAGCUCAUUACAAUUCUAGAACCCUGGACCUUCAAAGUCCAAACCCCCACACUCUCAGGCCAUGGGAUCCUGGGUUCGUCCAGCACAUCUGGGGUCCAUGCUUCCCAUGAGGCACAGAGAGGGGGAGCAAUUCCCCCAAGGGACACACAGGGGAGCUUCUGGACCUCAGACUGGGAGGACGAUGGUCCUCCGCAGGGUGGGUGCUCUGCCAUCCCUCCCAGCCAUUGUGGGAGGGGAAAGAAGGCUUUGUCAGGCCUCUCCUGGCCUGCUUGCCUGGGGAACUUGAGACGCUGCUAUCACCUGAACCCCAGGGUGGAGGGUGGACUGGAAACCGCAGGCUGGGGCCAGAGGGAGUAGUGCCAGUUUCCAGCCUCCCCUAGGCCAAGAGCCCUGGGUCACAGGGAUGUUCCUAGACCAGGCAGCCUCGGGGUCUGUGUCCCCGGGUGCAUGAACUCCCGCACAAGGGUGAGGGACCAAGGAACCAUGAGACCCAGGAAGGGCUGGCGGUCUCUCCAGGCUGAGGUUGGGGCAGUGGCCGCAGGCACAGCCCAAGUCCCCAGGAAUGUUCAGAAACAGCGCAUACCAGCUCAGGAGGGAGGGAGGGAGCGAGCACCCAGCCCCAGGAGGAAUCCAAGUGCAGGCCAAAUGUGAGCCAGCAAAAGCACACCCCGGCCUGGGAGCAGAGGGCUCGGAUGGCCCGGCACGGACCCCACCCCCACCUCUCAGGACCUGUUUCCCUGCUCAAGGCCCUGCCCCCACUGAAGUGGCUGUGACUUUGGCUCUCAGCCGGGGAGGGAAGCUCAGUGCGGCCGUCAGGCUCUGGAUAAUUGAUGAAGCUCGGUGAGGAGCUGCUGAGCAGAAUUAAUGAGAUGGAGAGUGAGGGGGCGGCACCCAUCAGCACGCUCACUACUUCACUGUGUCACAGACUGAGCACUGCCAGGUGUUCAGCCUCAGACACAGUGAAAUCCUUCCUGUCAUUAGCCCCAUUUUGUACCGAAGGGAAACUGAGGCUCAGCGGGACAUGAUGCGCCCAAGGUGAGUAAGAGGGUUCCUGGCAAAGUCAGGGUUCAAAUCUGGUCUGACCAACUUUGUAGAAACUUCUGUUCCUUCUGAAGGAAAAUUCCAAUUAUUGUGAGCCGCCACCUGACUGGCUGACUUUUGAAUCACUUACAUACAUUUCUGUGUAAUGAGGUCUGAGUUCAUAGAAAUCUCCAAUUUCAGAUCAACUCCAGCUGGGCUGUGUGACCCUGGAUUAGAUAUUUAACCUCUCUGUGCCUCAGAUUCACCCCUCUGCAAAAUGGGGAUCAUAAUAGGACUUUUAUGAGCUUUAACUGCCUGGAACCUCUGUACCCCACCGUGGUCCUGCCUCCCUGCCUUUGCCCACUCUGAUUCAGCCACCCGGUGUGCCCUCACUGAUGUGUGCCCAGGGCAGGAGGCUGGGGCCCCAGGUGCUGGCCCCAGCCCCCUGGGCGGCCUUAUGCCCUCCCUGCGGUGUCCUCUUUGGGAGUUGGGAGCUGGUUUUAGAACGGUCUCAUUUCUGCUCGCCUUCCCCACAUCUGACCAGUGCAUCCAGACCCCGUGCGGUCAGGCUCACGUGUCUCUCUGGUUUCCCCCCCAGCCCCACACUGGGUCCCGGGCCCUGCCUGCUGCUGUUUUUAUAGUCCAUCCCUGGGGAACCUGUUGCUCCAAUGAGCUGUUUUUUGUUCCCAGAAUGGAACUAGAUUUCUGGGUUUAUUUCGCACUAAACGAAAAUGGGGGCGAAAAUAAUGCAGAUGAUUCCAAAACGUGAGGAAAGAGCUCCUCGAACACCAGUGGGACCAGGUCUCCCCUACACGCCUUCGUGAGAAGCUGUGACCCGCGAGGCUGACCUUGGAGCAGACGCGAGAGCCAGCGACCUCUGGCCGACAGCCAACCCCCCUCCCCACACUGGACGUGUCCUGUUUUACAGCAGCUGAGAUCUGCCCUGGAUUAUGCAGUUCACCAGGGGCUCAGAUGGAUGACCAGUAGGGAAACGGAAGUUUAGAGAGAAGAAAUAAUUGCCUGCGGUCACACAAUGGGUGCCAGGGCUGGCGUUCAAGCCCCGGCCUUCUCAGCCCUUCUCUGCAGCCCGGCAAAUAAUUACUGGUGUCUUCCAGGGGUCCCAGAAGAGACAGAAUUGGUCCUCACCCUUGACGAUCACUGAGCCUGGACAGAGCUGGAGGCAGCAGCAGUAGUAAUAGCGAUAGCAGUACUAGUAGUAGUGGUAAUAGAAAUACUCACUGCUCAGGGAGUGAGGUGUGCUGAGCGAGUGCCAGCCCGUCCCACCUGCAGCCUUGGCCGGAUGGGGUGGUGACCCUCCCCGCUCCGCCCUGGUGCCAUGUGGCCCAAUGGCAGCUCUCUGGGGCCCUGUUUCCGGCCAACAAACAUCACCCUGGAGGAGCGGCGCCUGAUCGCCUCCCCCUGGUUCUCGGCUGUCUUCUGCCUGGUGGGCCUGGCCUCCAACCUGCUAGCGCUGAGCGUCCUGAUGGGCGCGCGGCAGGGCAGCUCCCACACGCGGUCCUCAUUCCUGACCUUCCUCUGUGGCCUGGUCCUCACCGACUUCAUGGGGCUGCUGGUCACCGGUGCCAUCGUGGUGUCCCAGCAUGUCGCCCUCUUCGACUGGCAGGCUGUGGACCCUGGCUGCCACCUCUGCCACUUCAUGGGCGUCAUCAUGGUCUUUUUCGGCCUGUGCCCACUGCUGCUGGGGACCACCAUGGCCUCGGAGCGCUACCUGGGCAUCACCCGGCCCUUCUCACGGCCCACGACCGCCUCGCAGCGCCGGGCCUGGACCACGGUGGGGCUGGUGUGGGCUGCCGCGCUGGUGCUGGGCCUGCUGCCCCUGCUGGGCAUGGGCCGCUACACCGUGCAGUACCCGGGCUCCUGGUGCUUCCUCACGCUCGGCACCGAGCCAGGGGACGUGGCCUUCGGCCUGCUCUUCGCACUCCUCGGCAGCCUCUCAGUGGGGCUGGCCUUCCUGCUCAACACCAUCAGCGUGGCCACCCUGUGCCACGUCUACCACGGGCAGGAGGCCGCCCAGCAGCGCCCCCGGGACUGCGAGGUGGAGAUGAUGGCUCAGCUCACCGGCAUCAUGGUGGUGGCCAGCAUCUGCUGGAUGCCACUGCUGGUCUUCAUCGCCCAGACCGUGCUUCGGAGCCCGCCUGUCAUGAGUCCGACUGGGCAGCUGUCCCGAGCUACAGAGCAGCAGCUGCUCAUCUACCUGCGCGUGGCCACCUGGAACCAGAUCCUCGACCCCUGGGUGUACAUCCUGUUUCGCCGGGCAGUGAUCCGGCGCCUCUACCCUCGCCUCAGCGCCCAGCCCAGGUCGCUCUCCCUGCAACCCCAGCUCACCCGCCGGCCCACGAUGCAGUAGGGCCGGGGCUGGACGUCAGUGGCGGCUCUGGAAAGACAGCGGACAGGGGACCCAGUCAGCGUGUCCCCCGUUAAACCUUGGUCCCCCUCGGUGGUCACAUCUGCCUGAUCUGAAGUCCCAGAGUGCAGGAUGGACAGUUUGAGCAGCAGGAUUGUGGGCCCUGGGGGUCCCCGACUCCCCUGAUCUUCCUUUCCGAGUCCUCUCCCCUUUCUUAGCUCCCCCCACCCCCAAGUCCUCUCCCAACCCCGGGAAGGAUGUGUGGAGGGUGAGGUAUUGGGAGGGUGUCUGGAAGAAAUCAGGUUUGUAAGCCUCCCCUUUUAGAAAUGGGGGACUCUGACCCUUGAAGAUGACCUACUUCCUGGGGUAGGGUUGAUUCCCUUGGGCACCCCAACCUGAAAAGGCUCUGCCUGGAAAAGAUUGAAUGUGACCCAUCAAGACACCCCUUCUCUUGCCAAAAUAUAAUCUCCGCCUCCGGCUUAA